AGACAGCUGGAAGAGAAGAGUGGGAAGAGAAGGUGUUGAUAACAUAAAUGAACUCAAGCAUAUCCGAUUCAGACAUGAAGUAUACCCCGGUUCACAGACAUCAACAAAGUAACACUCAUAAAAAUAAGAUUAGACAAAAUGCUGAAAACAAGCUUUUUAUUAUCAAAGCGCAAUGCUGUAACGCUAUCGCGAGUGCUGGCUACUGGGAUAUCAGGGCGAAAUGUGAGACACUUGAACUUACAACCAUCAGAACAUUAUGAUGUUGCUAUUGUUGGUGGUGGCAUAGUUGGGCUCGCUACUGCAAGGGAACUCAUUCUAAGACAUCCCAAGCUCACGUUCUGUGUCCUUGAAAAGGAGAAGGAGCUAUCUAUGCACCAAUCAGGUCAUAACAGUGGCGUCAUUCAUUGUGGUAUAUACUAUACUCCUGGUUCACUAAAAGCCAAGCUUUGUGUACAGGGUUUGGACCUUACUUAUCAGUAUUGCGAUGAGCAUAACAUUCCCUACAAGAAAUGUGGCAAGUUAAUAGUUGCUGUAGAGGAUAAAGAGAUUCCCUUGUUGAACAAUUUAUAUGAAAGGGGCAAAAAGAAUGGUGUAAAAGAUCUGACAAUGGUUGAUAAGAGAGGGAUCAAGGAAAUUGAACCACAUUGUGAGGGCAUGUUUGCUAUUGUCUCUCCAAACACUGGUAUUGUGGAUUGGGCACAGGUAGCCCUAGCCUAUGGGGAUGACUUUAGAAAAGGUGGUGGGGACAUAUUCACUGGAUAUGAAGUAACUGAUUUCAAGUGUGCCUCUGAGAGUGGAAAGUCACAAGAAAAAGAAGCAGGUCUCACACAUCCUGUAACAGUUUUCACUAAUAACAAGCAAACCAUCAAAUGUCGCUACGUCAUCACUUGUGGAGGGUUGUACUCGGAUCGGCUCGCCGAGAAGUCGGGCUGCAAUAGAGAGCCAAGGAUUGUGCCAUUUCGAGGCGAUUAUCUCGUCCUUAAACCUGAGAAAUGUCACUUGGUGAAAGGGAACAUUUACCCAGUGCCCGACCCGAACUUCCCGUUUCUGGGUGUCCACUUCACUCCGCGAAUGGAUGGCAGUGUUUGGCUUGGCCCUAAUGCUGUCUUGGCGUUUGCUCGCGAGGGAUACAACCUUCUGGACAUCAACUUGAGGGACUUGGCCGACGCUCUGGCUUUCAGGGGCCUAAGGCAGCUGAUGUUUAAAUACUUCUCGUUCGGUGUGGGCGAGUAUUACCGAGGACUGAACCAUGCGGCGCAAGUCAAACAACUACAAAAGUACAUCCCUUCUGUAACCGCUAAUGACGUUGUAAGUGGACCAUCAGGAGUUCGUGCCCAGGCCCUUGACCGUGAUGGCAACCUUGUGGACGAUUUCGUGUUUGACGGGGGCGUGGGCGAGAUCGGGAGUCGUGUACUGCAUGUGAGGAAUGCGCCCUCACCCGCCGCCACAUCCUCACUAGCUAUCGCUCGUAUGGUGGCCGACAAAGCCGCCGAGAGAUUCACCUUAUAAGAUCCAACAUAUACAAGAAGUACUGUAUAGUUAAAAGAAAAUUUGCAUAAUAAUGAGUGCUGUUUCACAGUGUGAUGAGAGACUGGGGUGAUCACAUGGAGAAAGGCUCCGUGUGGUUUGUUAUAUCCUCUAAGGACCUAAAAAACCUGCUGUGUUGAAUCUAAAUGUCGAUUUGUGUCGACACGUUUCAGACGUCGCACUGAAUGAGUCGGGCUGAAUAGGUUGCGAGGAGUAAAAGAUGACUUGAUGUGGAGUUUCUGUUGCACAAACCAAAACUGUGACAUUUGGUUCAGCACAGCAAAAACUCGAUGUUUGAAUGGGUGUCGUGCUUUUGCCGUGGAGCACGGCUGGCACAGCCAUGCCGAAUUGAUUCAAAAUUAGACAAUGCAGAAGCGCGAGGUAUUUGUCGGGCCCUAAGUAAAAUCAUCCUUCCUAUACCAAUGGUAUCUGUCGCCGUGUUGAUGGAGAGCCUCUUGUAAUGUAUCCAUUCUAGGCAAAAAUAUAUCCUGUCGAAAUUUGAAAUCUCGGGUAGAAAUAUGUAUGUUAUUCCAGAAGAAAUCCAUACCGCAACGGGGGAUAAGAGAUUCCGUGUGAGGGGUAUCUUUCAGUCCCUACUACACUAGCCGCAUCACAGUAUUCACACCACGCCCGUACCCAGGAUGUUUCCUGGGGGGUAGGGGGUUGUGCGAAAUCCGAAAAAGUUGACCUUAUUUUUCUAGGGGAAGGGGGGGGGGGGGAGGGAGUGACGGAGUUCUCUGAUAAAAAUCUAACCAACUCCCUGCCUUUGCAGUAUCUCAACAGGACGUUUAUUGUAGGAUUGGGCUACAUAUUACCAGAGUGAUCUAGCUUCUGAUUUUGAGUUUUGUACACAAAUAGGAUGUCUAUUUCCAUUGUGGGAGGUGCGUUUGCACCCCCCCCCCCCCCCUGGGUAUGGGCCUGUACACCAACAACCCAAUGGGCUCCCACUUCCAGGGGGUGAAAAUUCCAGAGGUUGGAUCACACACAUUCACAUAAAAACAUGAAUCUUACCAUUUACACAGCGCAAGUCCACCUAUAAUUGACACUAAAAUAUAUAGAUAUGUAUGUUUGGGUAGCUAAUUGAAAAAAAAGGUGACCCAAGUUUGUAUUUUAAUUAUUUCAAGUAGAUCACUGUAUAAAAAAUGUAUAAAUAACACUAGUUAUGUCAGAAAUAGACUAUAUUUUUUGUGGAAAUUUUAUCUGUGAAAAUAAACCAUUGGACGUUUACCAUCUAAAAGUAAAUAAAAAAUGUAUUAAAUAACACUAGUUAUGAGAAAUAAACUAUAUUUUUAGUGGAAGUUUUAUCUAAUGUGAAAAUAAACCAUUUGACGUUUACCAUCUAAA